UGGCCGGGGCGGCUGCUGCGGGGAGGCUGGGCAGGGGUAGGAGCGAAUUUAGAGGGUCAUGCCGCGGGGUCGUCUCUGCGCCUGCGCCGCUCCGGGAUGCAGAACCUUGCAGAGCUGCUGUGGCGCCGGGUCCUGCGCAAGCGCUGGGUGCUCGCCCUGGUUUUCGGGCUCUCGCUGGUUUACUUCCUCUGCAGCACCUUCAAGCAGGAAGAGAGGUCGGUAAGAGACCGGAACCUUCUCCAGGUUCAAGACCGUGAACAGCCCAUUCAGUGGAAGGUCCAGUUUAAUCUGGGCAAUAGCAGCCACCCCAGCAACCAGUGCCGAAACUCUGUUCAAGGGAAGGAAUUCCUCACGGACGAGCUGGGCUAUGUCUGCGAGAGGAAGAACCUGCUGGCGAAUGGCUGCUGCGAUGUCAAGGUCCCCAGCACGAAGCAGUACUGCUGUGAAGGGUGCCUGGUCAGUGGUUGCUGUGAAGUCUACGAGUACUGUGUCUCCUGCUGUCUGCAGCCCAGCAAGCAACCUCUGCUGGAACGCUUCCUCAACCGGGCAGCUGUGGCCUUCCAGAACCUCUUCAUGGCAGUUGAAGACCACUUCGAACUGUGCUUGGCUAAGUGCAGGACUUCAUCGCAGAGCGUGCAACAUGAGAACACGUACCGUGACCCCAUAGCCAAGUACUGCUAUGGAGAGAGCCCACCCGUACUCUUUCCCGCAUGAGGCCUGUUGGAGAGACACCCAGAACCAGCCUGGUCCACGUGAGAUGAUGAAGGAGGGAGCCAAGGCUUUGAGCAUGUCCUGUGGCAUCCAGUGUCUCUGUCUCCCUCACCUCCAGCUGCAGCAGACAGAGCUGUUCUGUAGAGCAGGCCCGGUGAGGCCCCGGCACCUUGCGUGGUUAUGGCCAUGGGACGGCUGCAGGGCCAGGUGCUUGGUCCCGUGUUGUAGUUUUUUAAUUACUUUUCAGUGGGGGAAGUCACACUGUUUUGUGCAGGACACCUUUGCCCGGGCAGUUGGAUCCACUCACGGAGGUGACUGCUCUACGUGGUCCCUCACUGUCACAGUGAUGUCGUUGCCGCACCAGACCCAAGUGUGUCUCCAGGAGUGUGGGUGCACGGACUUAUUUUUGGUUGUUUUAACACCUGGCCAGCAGGCCUUAUAUCUAUAUCCCAACAUCUAGGGGUGUGUAGAGCCUCAGGAGGGUGCUGGUACCCACUGAGCCUGCGUAGAGCUGCCCUGGUAUGCUUCUCGACUCUCCUGUCUUUUUCUCCAGUCUCCUAUAACACACACGGCUCCCGGAGACCCUUCACUGACCCUUACAGAGGCCACAGCCAGCAUUUGUGGUUUGGGCUCAGGUUGCCCUGGUGUCAGGCAUGAGUCUCCAGGGUUUCUCUCAGCAGCUUCAUAAAGCCGUGUCUCCCAACUGUUUGCCUUCCUGAUGGAAUUUCCUUCAGCUUCCUCCCUCUUCCUCUUCCUGCUCACCUCUGUGGAAGAAAGGACAGGCUGAUGGGAAUUGUUCUUGUUUGGGGUUGCCAUGCUGGGAUCAGAUCCAGGACUUUGUGUGUGACUGGCAAACUUUCUGCUACUGAGCCCUGGCCCUGGCCAGGGAAUUGAUUUUUACUGUUAGAUCCCAGUGAUUCUGUUCCAUUUGCUCUGGACUUCCAAGUGUGUGGAUUCAAAGUUCAUGAAAGAACUUGGUGCACCUGCACAUUCUGGUGUAUUCUGGAAUGUUCUGGCAUGUUCUCACAUGUUCUGGCUUUCUUGCUCAUUUUUUCUGGUAACUGGGAGAUAUAUAAUUUUUUUAAGACAGGGUCUCCCAUUGCCCAGGCUGACAUCCAGCUUCGUAUGUGUUUGAUACCAACCUUAAACUCCUGAUGCCCUCUGCACCUGACAAGUGCUGGGGUUAUAGGUGCAUGCCAGCUGCAUGGCUCAUCAGCCUUGUAAUGCCAGUCUACCCUUGGUCAGUGUUGGAGUUGGUCAGUCACUCCCUUGGGUUCAUUUUCACUCUCAGGAGUGGCGACACGGGGUUAAUGUAAACAUCAUGCCCGUUGCCAGCUUUCUCUGACCUGGCACUGGAAAGGCAUGUGUGUGCAGUCCUUGAGUUUAUAGACCCCGAACAGUUGAGAUCAAGAUUCCAAUUUACUUGUGUUUCACUCGGCAGACGAGGAAAUAGCUUACCCUCCCAAGUCCCUACCAGGAUAGAAUAAUCAAAACCCACAGAAGAACUUCACCUCGAAUCCCGUUCACAUGUCCUCCGGUGCCGUCCACAUCAUCUCCCCUGAGAACAGACGGCUUCAGUUAUUCCAGACAGGAGAAAGCGUCUGUGUCCAUGCUGAGUCAGUAAUACAGAGGUCAUUUUUGAUUGACUGCGGAAUGUGGGUUUUGUGUUUUAAUCACGCUGGGGAACACACACACACACACACACACACACACACACACACAGAGCUGGGGAAGUCUGGGGAGGGGGCUGGAUGAGAAGAGCCGCGGGUAGGAGCGGUAUUGAAGCCUGGAGGCCAGUGUUCACAUCGGUAUGCUGAUAGGCACCAUAGAUAGGCAUUUGUCCUCAGUGGUUUUUUUUUUUGACCUGAUGAUAAUAAUAAAAUAAUUACCUAAAAAUCACACAGCCUAGAGAUAACCACCAGCUAUUUUCGACUUCUCUGUGACUUUCCAGGCAGAACAAACAAAAACCCCAGGGCGUUCCUCCCCCGUGAAAACACUGCCUGUAAGUCUGUUGUCUGCAGGCCCGUGUGAUACCCGUUGAGAUCAUCUGGUCCCUUUCAUGGGGGUGGCCCGCUCUUACUGAACACGAUUGUUAGCUCAACUCCUGCAGCCACUUCUCCACAGGGGUUGGAGGUGUCUGUCUGUCCAUCCCUCUGUCCGUUUCGUAAGCUGUUUUCAGUGUUCCAGUUUGUAUUUAUUAUUAUUAUUUUUUUUUAUUUUUAAGAUCAUGAGCCUGUGUGUACCAGCUCAGACUAAAUAAUGAGUUCUGGGUUGCAAAGAGGAUUUUUUUUUUUAACUUAAGAUGUUUAAGGAGCAGGUGAAUUAGCCCAGUGGACCUGGGUUCGGUUGCCAGCGCCCACACAGUGGACUCACAGCUGAUGGGAUGGGAUGACCUCUUCUGACUGUCACAGGUACCCUAAUAUGUGGCAUGCAUUCACACAGACACUACAAACACACAAAAGUAAUGUAAUAAAGAUAAAUCUUUUAAAAACUAAAUCACAUUUAAUCAUUGGGGGGUACACAUAUGCCAUGGUUUAGGUCGGAGGAAAAGUUUUGGAAGUUGGUACGUUUAUCCACCAUGUGGGCAUGGAGCUCAAGGUGUCCGUCUUGGUGGCCUUGGCCCACGGAGCCAUCUUGCUGGUCCUGCCCGAGUCUGUGUCCAUAAAUUAAAUGAUAAAAUACA